AUGUCCAUCAAAGAGCUUCAGCGACAUCCGCACGGCGCCAUUGGCAGAGGAGCAGAUAAUGAUGAAGAUGGCUAUCACCAGAGCCAAGAUGAAAGCGAGGAAGAGUCAGGGAGGCCACCGGGUCAAAGACUUCUGAUUUUGACCAUUGGAAGUGUCUAUUUCUUCUGCAUCCGAAGAUACCAAUUCUUAAUCAGAGAGGUACGUGGGGCUGCUUUAAUCGACAUCCACAUCAUCGGUGCCCGGAGGGCAUGUAACGGCUGUUGGAAGGAGAGGACCAAAACGCAGCAUGUCGCCUGGGGAGUUGCCUGGCCAUCGUCUGCCCUAGUGGAGGCAGUACCAGGAAGAACUACUCCUUUAGCAACGACGAGGUGUGGCAGACCGACUGGGAGAACCAGAGGCUGCUGCGUCAGUUGUCGCGCCCCUCGACCCACUCGCGACCAUGCAGCACUAGUAGCUCCCGUAGGAGAUCCAAUGGAGGAUGAGGGAGUCCGCCCCCUGUCUGCCUCUACCACAGUGCCCUCAACAGGCAGCGUGAGCAGCAGCGCAUCGAGAAGGAGGACCUGGUGUGUGUUCUUCUCUUUUUCCUUUCCUGCUGAGGCUAGAGUCAGUGAGGCCCACCCGGGGCAUGAAGAAGGCAGAGAAGCUGGCAGACUACCAGUGCCAGGCCGGAUACCUGGGCAUCGCCACCACGCUCUCUGCCAUAGACAGAUCGCCCUCCAAUAUGGAACGGACCUCCAGCAGAACGUCAGCAGGAAAGAUGCCCAGGCCUGGCAGUACCAACCACCACCACAGUGCCAGGGCAUCAUAUGCCAUCGCUAUCGCCGCCACACCCCUACCCAGGCAUGCCAGUGCGGCAGCGUCCCGGCAACCUGGUCCUGAGAGCUGUGCUCAGGGAGGAGCACCAUUCCCCAACUCCCCACCUUACCAAGACCUUACCAAUAAGGCAAUUACUUGCCCCUAAACACUGAUCCAAGCUUAGCAGGUGGUGUAACGCUCGUCGUUGGGAGAGAGAGAGGAGGACCAAGGUGCAACGUGGUGAUACCUUGUAACUGGAGAUUCCUUCAAAACGAUUGCCUAUAGUUACCGUGUAGGGCACUGCAAGGUUGGGUGACCAGGGCCAUCUGGAACUGCCUCCUGGAGGAAUUCAGACAUGUGAAGGCUACCUGUGUCCUAUAUAACUUCAUGAGGAUGGACAAGAGGACCAGUUGGGGAUCUGCAGCUCGAAACCAUGUGCCAGAGGAGAAGUCUGCUGCUCAGCAGGAUGUUUCAAGGAUGGGGUCCAACAAUGCAGAGCGAGAGGGUGCUGUUCCCUGGCAACACCAUAGACUACAUUACACUGAUUUCUACUUCUCAGGUUAGGGUGCUGUUUAGGUAAGGGUGUGAUGUCUGUACAAAAACAAAACAGACUAUUUUAAGUCACCCAUAUUGAAAUCAUGUAGAACAAUUAGACACCCUAUAACUCACACCUACACACUCCUGUAUCAAUCUGAUUGAUGGAUUGUGCUGUGCAGGCUCAGGUGUAUAACUGUGGCUCCUUCCAACUUCAAACAGUAGGCAAGAGGGCCAACCAUGGAGAAUAGUAAGACACUUCAUUAUUUCUUUAACUCCGCUAUAUUGUUUGUCCUCGUGUGUCUGCAUGUUUUUCAGCAUAAAGUAUUAUGCAGCCACUUACUGUGGACACACACACAGAUUCCUGUUGAUCACUGUCUCUACCUAACUUCUUUUCUCAAUAACAGUCUCUCUCCUUCACUUCAUCCCUAUCUCCCCUUCUCCCUAAACCCUAUAAGUUAUAUCAGCUGUGUGUAACUUGGCUAGUUAAAUCAAAAAUAAAAAUAUUAGCUGUGUCGGUGAACCCCUCCCGCAUCUGAACUGGCAACAUAGAGGGCACAGCGUGAUCAGAGGUGAGGUCACUUGGUCGGGUUAACAGGAAGUAUUAUUAGAGAUGCUUUACAUUGAAAUAUAAGUAGAGAUGCAGUAGUCCCAGAGUUAAUGAUCCAAGGUCAGUUUUGCAUUUCACCUGAUGAUUAUGAUGACUUACAGUGUUAGAAUACUUUUUUUUAAAGCAUGGCUUAAACAUGCUAUCUCUCUCCAUCUGUCUCUCGUCUGCAGGUAUGUUUUGAUGUGAGAGAGGAUGCCAAUCGCCAGUCCCGUCAUUGCCACCUCACCCACUCUUAAGAUAACCUUUGGGCCGACUGGGAGCCCAAGGCUGGUUAGGAGACACAACUAGAGAAACUAUUUUGUAAUUGUGAUGAACUGAGAUAAUAUUAGGGUAACACUGUGAUUCAUUAAUCAUAUGCUGUCUUCCCUGCUCUGUUCUUACCUCUUUCCCUUUCUUUUUAUCUCUCUCAUCGCCACCUCUU